CUCCCCAAGAAGAUGCAGACAGUCCUGCUCCUGGUGGCCUUUCUCCUACCUGCUGGAGCUAGAGCAGGGGAGAUCAUCGGAGGCCAAGAGGCCAGGCCCCACUCCCACCCCUACAUGGCUCAUCUCCAGAUUGACACCCCAACGGGGCAGAUCACUUGCGGGGGAUUCCUGGUGCGUGAAGACUUUGUGAUGACGGCAGCUCACUGCAUGGGAAGCUCCAUCCUGGUUAUCCUGGGAGCCCACAACAUCGGGAGGCAGGAAAGGACCCAGCAACAGAUCCCCGUGCGCAGAAUCAUCCCCCACCCCGAUUAUGAUAUUCAAGACAAUCGAAACGACAUCAUGUUACUGCAGCUGGAGAGCAGAGCCAGGAUAAAUCGCUUCGUCCGGCCUCUGCGCCUGCCACACUCCAGAAGCAGGCUGCCUCCGGGCACCACAUGCACCGCCGCAGGCUGGGGGCUGAUCGGCCUGAACCGGAGAACCCAGACCCUCCAGGAGGUGCGGCUGAGAGUGCAGAGGGAUGAGCCGUGCACCCGGCGCUUCCGUUUCUACAAUGGCCUGACGCAGAUUUGCGUGGGGGACCCGACGGAGAGGAAGUCCGCGUUCAAGGGGGACUCCGGGGGUCCCUUGGUGUGCAACUAUGUGGCCCAGGGAAUCGUGUCCUAUGGAAACAGCGUGGGGACACCUCCGGCCGUCUUCACCAGAAUCAAAAGCUUCAUGCCCUGGGUCAGGGCAACAAUGGGAUAUCUGGAUCAGUCUGAGGCCCAACCAUGACAAUUCUUCCAGGGCCAGGGGGGAGUUUGCCAACCUCAGCCAUUGUCCAUAUCUAGAAUGGAAACCGUCGAGUGUAUUAACACCUGCUCAUUAAACAGUCAGUACAUAACAGGUUUGCCAGCACUGAGUCUGAGCUCCCUGAUGCGGAGCACCAGAAUGAGCACCUUCCCGCCUCCAAGUUUUCUCCCUGCUGAUCCCCUAGCUGCCUGAGGAUGGUGACAUGGGCUGUCCCCAGGCAAGGCCCCCAUUGCACUACCAGACUCCCCUCCAAAGAGCUGGAAUACCUCUAGAACCAUAUGCCCCAGACGCAAGAAACAGAAUUUUACUUUCCUGCAAGGCCUAAUGUGAUAUAUGUUAGGGGGUGGGCGAGGGCACCUCAAGUCACUGGGAAACAAUUGACUUCCAAUACAUAAUAUUAAAAGAACUAGACAAAUUUUUUUAUUGUUAAUCCUGUAUUGAAAGCAACAAAGAGUUUCCAUGGCACCAAAUGAACCAUUUCUGAGGUUUUCUCCA